AUGAAAGUCAUAGUGGAGAAGGAUGAGGAUCUCAUUGGGCUUCUGUUCCUGGGCCACUUAAUAGUGCUCACCUAUGGCCAUCCCAUCUUAAAAACACCAGAGAGUGUGACAAGGAUCUGGAAAGGGGAUGUGAAGAGUCAAUGUAUUUAUGAUCUAUGAAAGGCUACAGUCAAGUUUUGGAUGAAACACUGCUCUGACCUAGUUACCAUCUUCCUACAUGAUUCCUUGGGAGACCAUAUCCAGCACGCAAAAUACAGAGGACACCUGAAAGUGAGCCACAAAGUUCCAGGGGAUGUGUUUCUCCAGAUGAAUACCCUACAGAUUGAUGACAGGAGCUACCACUGUCCAUGUGUGGUCACCUGGCAGACUCCUGAUAGAAAACAAGUGAUGAGAGAUAAGGUUAUUGAGCUCCAUGUUGAAAAUUCAACAACAAUGAAUUCAGCCACUGAUCAGACCGUUAAUGGAAAACUUGAAGGGACCAUUGUUAACCCAGGAAAUAAACUUUCAAUCUUUCCCAUCAUCUUCACCAUCUCUCUUUGCUACGUUGUGGGCACCAUAGCUUCUAUCAUGUUCUACCAUAGGACGUUCCAACAAGCCAUUCUGAUGUGUAUAAGUAGGGUGUGUGCCAGGGAAAUGAGCAACUCUGAAGAAACAAGGGACACCAUAGCGAGUGGGUACUUUCAUGAAUCAUAUUCUCAGGCUCUAAUCAAUGACUAUUCUGGUAAGCCCUGCCUGGGUCAGGAAUACCAAAUAACUACCAGAUCAACAAUGACUAUUCCUUCUGGCUGA